CAGUGACUUUGCAAGACUGCACUUAGCACACAACAAGUCCCAACUUUCCGAUUGCACGAGCGAGGAGGCAAAAGUGUGGAGUCUCUUUCAAAAAAAAAAACAAAACAAAACAAACAAACAAACAAACAAGCGCGUAAAAAUAGGAUCCUUUUUUUUAAACCUGUUGAUGAAGUCCCACCGGGAGUGGGGCGCAGAGGAGCAGCAGUCCGGGUUUCUUCACAGAGAAAGAAAAAGUCUGAAAAAAGGUGCACCACUCCACUGAAGGACCUCGGGGUUUUUUUUUUUUUUCUUCCUUUCUCCCCAGCAGUCUGCAGCCUGUGCUGGGUUGGUGGAAAAUGGGCACUCCGACCACUUCGAUCUGUGGACUUAUCUUCUGUUUGAUACUCACAUGCCAGCUUGUUACUGUGACUCAGGCCUCCAAGGUGUGGGGAGAGGUCCCUCUGCCAGAGGACUUGGAGGCGGAGAAAGAUGUCCAGGCGGGUCGGAGCUUACUGGACGACGACGAGGACUUUGCCGCUGAUGAAGCUUCAGGAGAUUUGCCCAGUGGAGAGGAUGAUGGGAGCACGCCAUGGCCUCCAGUCUCUGAGACAACAAUUUAUUACAGAGCUCUCGUCAACUUCACCGACUCCCUCGUCUACGGCCCCGAGCUCGAGGACAUCUUCUCACCAGCUUUUAAUGAGAUCUCUGAAGCAGUGGUGGACACACUGGAGUCGGACUACAACAGGAUUCCAGGUGCCCAGACAGUCAGCGUUGUCCUCAUUAAGAAGAUGAUAAGAGAGGACGGCGUGGACGUGUUUGUGGAGUUGGACGUGGGUUCGGACUACAACAACAACGACGACCAGAUCCGCAGCGUGCUGUACAACGUGGUGAAGGAGGGAGCCAUCGCUUCCUAUGUCACGUCAGUUCAGGGCUUUCAAUUCAGACGGCUCGGCGAAGUAACCCCCAGCAUCAGACCGUGCAUGCCAGAUGAGCACAGGUGUGGGGAUGGGACUUGUAUCCUGAUGGAAUACCUGUGUGACAACAGACCAGACUGCAGAGACUUGAGUGAUGAGACCAAUUGUGAAACCAAAGGACCGCCUCCUCCAGUCUUAACCACCCCUCCGCAAAAAACCACCAUCAAGAAGCCCCCGAGGCCCCCGAGCCCACCUGGACCGUGCAGAGUGGAUCAAGCCACAUGCCAGAGUGGAGAGUGCAUCCCCCGAGACUACAUCUGCGACGGAGAGAGGGACUGCUCGGACGGAAGCGACGAGUUCAGAUGUGGUACUCCGUCGCCUUGCGAACCCAACGAGUUCAAGUGUAAGAACGGCCGCUGUGCCCUCAAGCUUUGGCGUUGUGAUGGAGACAACGACUGUGAGGACAACUCGGAUGAAACAGACUGCCCCACCAAGGGUCCCAGCGACAGGUGUGCUCCUGAACAGUUUGAAUGCCUGAGCGAUCGCACCUGCAUCCCGGCCAGCUACCAGUGUGACGACGAGCCAGACUGCCCUGACCGCUCCGAUGAGUACGGCUGCACCCCUCCCUCUGUGACAAGCCCACCAGAGGAGUCGGUUCAGGCGGCGCGGGGGAAGACGGUGACGUUUACCUGUCAAGCUGUGGGAGUGCCAACCCCCAUCAUCACCUGGAGACUCAACUGGGGGCACAUUCCUGUCAGCAACAGGAUAUCCAUGAUGAGCGAGAACGGCCGUGGCACCCUGACUAUUCGUGAUGUGAAGGAGGCGGAUCAGGGGGCGUACACCUGUGAGGCCAUCAACGCUAAAGGCCUGGUGUUUGGUAUCCCAGAUGGAGUGCUGACACUCACAACCGGUUCAAAUCCAGGUAACUGUCCUGAUGGUCACUUCAGUGUGGAGGGCCGCUGUGUGUCCUGCUUCUGUGCUGGCAUCAGCAAGAACUGCAAGGGCACCGGCCGCUACCGCAACCAGAUCAGCCUGCGCUUCACUGAGGAAGAAGACUUCAAAGGAGUGAACGUCACUUACCCCUCCAGGCCAAACACUCCUCCUCUGUCCUCCACCCAGCUCCUCAUCAACCCUGAGAUGGAGGAGUUCCAGCUUGUCGACCUGUCCCGCCGCUUCCUCAAUCUCGACUCCUUCUGGACCUUGCCUCGCCAGUUUCUGGGCAGCAAGAUCGACGUCUACGGAGGAACCCUGAAGUACAAGGUGCGGUACACAUUGGCGCGCGGCCAAACUGAGCUUGUGGAGAAGCCAGAUGUGAUGCUGGUUGGAAAUGGCCGCAGACUUGUGUACCGCAGAGAAAGCAAGACCGCGGGCCGAGUGGUCAACCAGAAGGAGAUCAAAUUUACUGAAGAUAACUGGCAGCACUCUAACGGUCGCCCCGUGAGCAGAGAAGAUCUGUUGAUGACGCUCGCCAACCUGGACGGCAUCAACAUCCGCACCAUCUACGACAACCACAUGGUCAGCGUGGCGCUCAGUGACAUCAUCAUGUCGACCACUUCUGUGGAGUUCAGCACCAUGGGUCAUGCUAAGGAUGUGGAGGAGUGCAGAUGUCCUCCUGGAUAUUCAGGCCUGUCCUGUGAGAGGUGCACCCCCGGUUUCGAGCGCGUCCCUGGCGGCUCUUAUCUCGGCACCUGUGCUGGUUGUAACUGCAACGGACAUGCCAGCGCCUGUGAUCCAAUCAGCGGGCACUGUCUGAGCUGCCAGCAUAACACAGAGGGCCCUCAGUGUGACAAAUGUCGCCCAGGAUACUUCGGUGACCCAACCCGAGGUCGCCCCGAUGACUGCAAGCCGUGCCCCUGCCCUUACUACGAGACCUCGAGGCGGUUUUCCGACACCUGCUUCGUGGAUGUCGACCAACAGCCGACAUGUGAUGCCUGCAAACCUGGCUACACAGGAAGACGCUGUGAAAAGUGUGCUGCUGGAUAUCAGGGCAACCCCCUUCUGCCUAAUGGAAAAUGUGUUCCUAACUCUUCGAGCUCCAAGUGUGAUAACAGAGGAACCAUCAGCUCCAACAGCAGACCAUGCAGCUGCAAGAACAACGUGGCAGGCGCUCUGUGUGACGAGUGUAAGCAAGGCUUUUUCCACCUAUCCGAGUCCAACCCUGAGGGCUGUCUGCGCUGUUUCUGUAUGGGCGUCACCAAACAGUGCGCCAGCUCCACUUGGAAUAGAGAUCAGGUUCGAGGCGGGGUGAACGCGCAGCUCUUCUCCCUCUCCAACAGCGCCAGCACCGUGAUUAUCAAUGAAGGAAUCUCCCAGAGAGGCUCCUCUGAAGUGUUCUUCCGCUCAUUCGCCACCGUUCCCAAUGACAUCUACUACUGGGUCCUCCCUGAGAGCUUCAGAGGAGAUAAGGUGACGGCUUAUGGCGGGGAGCUCCUCUACACUGUGCAAUUUGAACCACAACAGCGCUCGCUGGUGAUUGACGGUCAGCCGGAUGUGGUUCUCCAGGGCAAUGGCAUCUUUCUGGAACACUACUCUAAAACCAAGCCCCUCGCACGAGCCCCACGCGUUGUCACUGUGACCUUCAGAGAGUCCGCAUGGCGUCGCGCCGACGGGCAGCCAUGCACCCGCGAGCACCUCCUGAUGGCUUUGGCUGACGUUACUCUCUUCAUGAUCAGGGCCUCCUACGCAGACAAGAUGGCAGAGACCAGUAUCUCGGACAUCAAGAUGGACAUUGCUGCUCCUCAAUCCACCGGUAAUGAACGUGCUCUGGAGGUGGAGGAGUGCGCCUGCCCUCAGGGAUACAGAGGACCCUCUUGCCAGGAGUGUGAUGAAGGUUACACGCGGACCACCUCCGGCCUUUACCUGGGCACUUGUGAGAGGUGUGAUUGCAAUGGUCACGCCAGCGGCUGUGACCCGGAGACCGGCAAGUGCCUGCAAUGUCUUCAUAACACCGCUGGGGCAAGGUGUGAGCGCUGUCAGACUGGUUACUAUGGAAACCCUGUGAAGGAUGGUGCUCAGGCCUGCCAGCCCUGCCCCUGUCCUGGAACCUCUUCCAGCAACCAAUUCUCUCCAACCUGUUAUCUGGAGGCGGAUGGUCAGCCGACCUGUGACAGCUGCCCCCCUGGAUACACAGGCCGACGCUGUGAAAGAUGCGCCGCAGGAUACACUGGCAACCCCCAGCUUGGACAGCGGUGUAUCGUUGGCGGCAAUGAUCUCAAUGGUAACUGUUACAGCUGUGACCAAAGAGGCAGUGAAGGUUGCAAUGGACCUGUCUGCAGCUGCAAGAUGAACGUUGAAGGCCCAUCUUGCUCCAACUGUAAGUCUGGAACCUUUCAUCUCAGCCCAGACAACAAAGAUGGCUGCCUGUCCUGUUUCUGUAUGGGCAUCACUCAGCAGUGCACCAGCUCUACCUACUACAGAGACCUGGUGUCCUCAGUCUUCACUCCAGGGAACUUCCAGGGAUUCGCUCUGGUGAACCGUCAGCGCACCAAUCGUAUCUCCACUGGUUUCACCGUGGAGGUUUCCACCGAGGGAACUCAGGUGUCCUACAGCAACUUCGACUACCUGGGACAGGAGCCUCAUUACUGGCAGCUUCCAGGGGUCUACCAGGGAGACAAGAAAGAUUCUUUCUAUUCUCGUAUAAGACGAGCAGAGCAGAGUGGCUCGAGCUCGCCAGAGGAGCAGCUAAGGAAGGAUGCGUCUGUAUGGAACCUAAUGGCCUCCGAGCGUAAAGACAACCACAGAUCAAAAAGAGCUAGCCAGGGUGAAGUCAGAAAACUGGACGAUGAGGUCUGGGCUCUCUUCUCUAACUUCUCAAAUGGACAAGCUGGCUCCCAUCCCUUCUUUCCCUCCUCCUCCAAAUCCUCCUCUUCUUCUAUUCGGGUCCCAACUCCCUCCUCCACCUCUUUAUCCUCUCGGUGGUCUUUGCGUAACCUGAGCCCCCCUUCUCCGUCUGGUGUCUCAUCUUCAGUUAGACCAACCAGACCCCAAUCCUAUAGCCCUGGCCAUUCCCGUCGUCUGCAGAGCAAGAACACAGUGAGCAAGACUUCUGCUGGGUCUUCAGGGGGUGGCAGCAAGUACGCUCUGGUCUACAAAGGUUUCAGCUUGCACCAGGAUGAUCUGCUCUACUGGCAGCUUCCAGCCCAGUUCACAGGGGAUAAGGUUGGGUCUUACGGCGGUAAGCUUAAAUACACCAUCUCCUACGUGGCCGGUACGCGAGGAACAACACUGGAUGACGGCGACGUCCAGAUUAUUGGUAAUGACAUCACUCUGGUAGCCAGUCAGCCCUGGCAGAGGAGGGAGCAUGGCAGCAGAGAGACUCACCAGUUUGAGUUUGUCUUCAAAGAGGAAAACUGGCAGCGUCUUGAUGGCAUGCCCGCCACCCGAGAGCACCUGCUGAUGGUUUUGGCUGAUCUGGACGACAUCCUGAUCAGAGCGUCUUACUCCUCUGAGAUGAGGUCCUCCAGCAUCUAUGACAUCAGCAUGGAGGUCGCCGUGCCAAACUACAGCGGUUUGGCCCAGGCCCUUGAGGUGGAGCAGUGCCGCUGCCCGCCUGGAUACCAGGGACUCUCUUGUCAGGACUGUGCAUCUGGAUACAGUCGCACUGGAGGUGGUUUAUACCUCGGUCACUGUGAGCUCUGCGAAUGUAACGGCCACUCUGACUCCUGCCACCCUGAGAAUGGCAUCUGCACGAGCUGCCUGCACAACACUCAGGGGGAGCUCUGCGAGCAGUGCGCCCAGGGCUUCUUCGGUGACCCCACUGUUGGCACACCGGAGGACUGCCAGCCCUGCGCCUGCCCUCACACUGACCCGGACAACCAAUUCUCCCCGACCUGUGAGAGCCUCGGUAAUGGAGGCUACCAGUGCACCGCCUGUCAGCCUGGAUACACCGGACAGUACUGUGAACGUUGUGCUCCUGGAUAUGUUGGAAAUCCACAGGAGAGACAGAAGUGUCGCCCAUACGAUGCUGCGGCCUCCCUGGUGGUGAAGGUCUAUCCAGAGAGGGUCCUGGCUCCCCAGGGCGGCUCCGUCACUCUCCGGUGUCAGGUGUCCGGCUCUCCUCCGCACUAUUUCUACUGGUCCAGAGAGGAUGGACGACCCAUCUCCAGCAGCGCAGACAAACGCAGACAAGGAGCAGAGCUGUACAUCCACAGUGUGCAGUCGAGUGAUGCCGGGGUCUACGUCUGUACCUGCAGAGAUCAGCGCAGCACCAACAGGAGCCGGGCUGAAAUUGUUGUCACAAGUGUCGUGUCCAAACCCAUUGAGGUGACUAUUGAAGAGCCUAAAGCCCAGACUGUCAGGGUGGGAUCAACUGUCAACUUCAUCUGCACUGCAAAGAGCAAGUCUCCAGCUUACACCCUCGUCUGGACCAGGAACGGCAACGGGAAGCUUCCCAACCGCGCCAUGGACUUCAACGGCAUCCUGACAAUUCAGAACGUCCAGCCCGAGGAUGCUGGCGUCUACGUCUGCACGGGCUCCAACAUGUUCGCCAUGGACGAGGGCAAUGCCAUCCUCUACGUGCCAGAGGCCUCAAAGACUGAGAUGUUUUACACAGCGUAUGAAAUGUUUGAAGGACACAGAAAGCCUGCAGAGGGUGCCCAACCUGUGGCCACCAUCAAUCCUUCAGUGCUGAAUGUCCAGCAGGGUCAGCGAGCAGAGUUUCGCUGCACGGUGACUGGAAACCCAACCCCUGCUAUUGAAUGGAUCGGAGGUCCAGGAAACAGAAUGAGCCCCAGAGCUGUGGUACGAGGUGGUGUUCUGACCUUCACAGCAGUGGACCCGGCUGAUGAGGGGGAGUACACCUGCAAGGCCCUGAACACACACGGAGAGCACACAGCGCGAGGUUCCCUCUAUAUUCAAAAGUCUAACCCAGUAGGAUUAGGCACCAAGCCCCAAGUCCAAGUCAGUCCCCAAAACAUUAAAGUCCACGAGGGCGACACCUUGAGGUUGUACUGCCGAGCAUCCGGAUCACCAACCCCGAAACUCACCUGGAAGAAAACCGGAGAUCAAAUACCUGCACAGGCCAUUCCCUCUCACGGUUUCCAUCAGUUUAAAAGCAACAGUCUCGAUGUGUUACAGAGACGUAUUGAGGAGCUGCAGGCCCGUAUGGACCGCACGGACAUCGGUACUCUGCUCAUCCCAAACAUCAAAAUGUCCGAGUCGGGCACUUACGUGUGUGAGGGCAGCAACAGCAUCGGCUCGAGCAGUUCUCCCAUUGAAGUCACUGUUAUCAAAGCGGACUACAGCUCCUCAGUGGUCAGCAUCCAGCCAUCUAUAGCUGACGUCCAGGAGGGUCAGAGUCUGGAGCUCAACUGUUUUGCUCCUGGAAACCCUCCCCCUAAAGUCACAUGGACCAGAGCCAGCGGGCGUCUCUCCUCUAACCACCAGGUUCUGGGCAGUCAGCUGCGUAUCCUGUCGGCCUCUUCAGAGGACUCAGGGGAGUACAUCUGUCGGGUGCAGGGUAACCUUGGAAACCCAGGCUCUCAUGUCCAUCAGGCCUCCGUCUCUGUUUCCGUCACCUCGUCUUCCUCACGUCUUCAGAGUCCAAUCAUCGCCGUCGAGCCUCACAGGGCUGCGGUGAGCGUUGGGGAGACGGCCAGCUUCAGGUGCAGGAUAUACAGCGGAGCCCAGCCAAUCAGACUGGAGUGGAAACUGGCCAACAACCAGCCGCUGCCAGAUAACGUGAAAAUUGGUCCUGAUGGCUCUGUUAUCACCAUCACCAGCACUCGCCCAAUGAACCAUGGCGCCUACCGCUGUGUGGCCAGCAACCCGUUUGGCAUCACCCACACCAUCGUGUCUUUGAUCAUCAAAGAGUCUCCUGUGGCCACCGUCACUCCUGUUGGACCCGUGCGUGUCAGGGUGGGUGAACCCAUUAAUCUUGAAUGCCAGGCGUCGGGAGAGCCCCGCCCCUCUGUGUCAUGGCACAGACUGGACAGCAACCGCAGGACCAUGCUGACCAGCCCCGUGCCCAUGGAGUCUAAUGCGGUCAUGCAGAUACUAGUGGCCCGCCCAGAAGACAGCGGCACCUAUGUCUGCACGGCUCGCAACAACGAGGGCAGCACUGAGACAAAGGUGGAGGUUGUGGUUGAAGGAGGCGCUCAGGUGCCCUCAGUGCCCAGAGCCAGUGUCCCCGAGCCGCUCAUGGUGAUAGUGGAGGGACAGACUGCAACGCUGCGCUGCGAUGCUCACGGUUUACCCCCCCCGACGAUCACCUGGUCCAAGCUGCGUUCUCCUCUGCCUUGGAGACACAAAGUGGUGGACAACGCCCUGGUCCUGCCCACUGUGGGCCGCCAAGACUCUGGAGAAUACAUCUGCACCGCCACCAACAACAUGGGCACCACUGAAGUCAUCAUCACGCUAGAUGUAGAGACGCUCCCGUACGCCACCUCGCUGCCCGAUGACGUCGCCGUGCGGGUCGGGGAGGUGAUCAGGCUGCAGUGUCUGGCUCAUGGCACUCCUCCUCUGGAAUACACGUGGACCAAACUGGACGGAAACCUUCCCCCGAGGGCCGAGGUCAGCGGAGGAGACCUUCAGAUCAACCUGGCCACCGCCGAGGACGCUGGGAGCUACAAGUGUGUGGCCAGCAACAAAGUGGGCAACAGCGAGGUGGUCGCUAAAGUCACAGUCAGAUCCCCAUUGGCAGUGCGAGUAUCACCCCAGGUUGAAGUGAAAGCUCAGGGCAGUGCUGUGGAGUUCACCUGUUCAGCAGCAGGAGGUAUAGAAACCAAGAUUGAGUGGCUGAAGGAGGGAGGAGCUCUGCCACCCAACCACCACGUCAAGGACGGAGUGCUCAGGAUUGAGAACCUUGAGCAGAGCAAUGAAGGCGUUUACAUCUGCAGAGCCAGCGGUGUGUACGGUCAGGCCCAGGACUCUGCCAGGUUGACCAUCCAAGCCCUGCCAAAGGUGAUGAUCAACGUGCGCACUUCGGUGCAGACUGUGAUGAUCGGGAACUCUGUGGAGUUUGAGUGCCAGGCUGUCGGUGACCCUGAGCCCACUGUCAAAUGGAGUAAAGUGGGUGGGUCUCUGCCUGCUCACAUCAUGGUGAAGGGAGGCAUGUUGAAGAUCGAGCAGGUGACGGAGGCUGAUGCCGGGCAGUACCGCUGCACAGCCACCAACGACGUGGGCUCAGUACAGUCGCAGGUCGUCCUCAACGUCCAGUCCCUUCCUCAAAUUGCUGCGCUGCCUGAAACUAAGGAGGUGACAGUUGGCUCGGAUGCAGUCCUGCCCUGUGUGGCUUCAGGAUACCCUGUACCGGACAUCAAAUGGGCCAAGUUGGAUGCAGAGCUUCCUCCAAAGUGUUUCCAGGACGUCAAUGUGCUGACGGUUCCCCGGGUCUCCCAUGAGGAUUCUGGGACGUACGUCUGCACCGCCUCCAACAAACAGGGGAAAGUGGAAGCCUUUACCACACUUGAAGUUCACGAGAGAGUGAUGCCGUACUUCACACAGGAACCCUUGUCCUACCUCACCCUGCCCACCAUCAAAAACGCUUACAAAUCUUUCAGCAUCAAGAUCAACUUCAGACCUGAUAAUGUCGAUGGUCUCAUAUUGUACGCUGGUAUGAUCCUCUACAACGGCCAGAGAAGGACCACCGGUGCAGACUUUAUCUCUCUGGGACUCGUUGGAGGUCGUUUGGAGUUCAGGUUUGACGUCGGCUCGGGCAUGGCCUCCAUACGCGACCCCAACCCCAUCAAACUGGGAGAGUUUCACACCGUCGAGCUGUCUCGUAACAGCACCCUGGGCUACAUCAUCGUGGACGGAGGGGAGCCGAUAAACGGCAGCUCGCAGGGCAAGUUCCAGGGACUGGAUCUGAACGAGGAGCUGCAUGUGGGCGGUUACCCCAACUACACUAGUCUCGCCAAAACUGCCGGCAUUAAGACUGGUUUUGUCGGCUGUAUCCGUCAGCUGGUCAUCCAGGGCGAGGAAGUCAUCUUCAAAGACCUCGACCGCAGCUCUACAGGAGUCACAAACUGCCCCACGUGCAAAGACCAACCAUGCCAGAAUGGAGGGAGGUGUGAGGACUCGGAUGCCAGCUUGUAUUCGUGCAGCUGCCCCAGAGGCUUCACAGGCAGCAACUGCCAGCAUCACCCAUCCCUUCACUGUCACUCAGAGGCCUGCGGACCAGAUGCCACUUGCAUUAACCGCCCCAAUGGCCUGGGCUAUGACUGCCGCUGCCAUCUUGGCAAGUUUGGAAACAAAUGCAUGGAUGGGGAGUUGGUGACCACUCCAAUGUUCGAUGGAGAGGAGUCGUACAUCGCCUAUCCUCCCCUGACCAACAUCCACGAUGACCUGCGGGUCGAGCUGGAGUUCAAGCCCCUGGAAAGAGACGGUCUCAUGUUCUUCUGUGGCGGGAAGAAAAUGAAAGUGGAGGACUUUGUGGCCGUCUCCAUGGUGGAUGGACAUGUAGAGUUCAGAUACGAACUGGGCACAGGCCAGGCCAUCCUUCGCAGUCCAGAGCCGGUCUCUCUGGGCCAGUGGCACAAAGUUGUGGCCGAGCGGAACAAGAGGGCCGGUCACCUGAGGGUCGAUCAAGGCCCGGUGGAGAGGAAGACAUCUCCAGGAAAAGCCCAGGGUCUGAAUAUCCACACAGCCAUGUACCUGGGAGGAGUCCCCAACAUGGACAUCCUGCCUAAGCCUGCAAAUGUCAGCGAGAUGUUUGAGGGAUGUAUAGGAGAGGUUUCCAUCAACAACAAGAAGCUAGAUCUGUCCUACAGCUUCACAGAAAGCAAAUCUAUCCGCAAGUGUGUGGACGACAGCCCCUGUGACCGCCGGCCCUGCCUGAACGGUGGACACUGCAUGUCGAGUGUUGAAUAUGAAUACCAGUGCCUCUGUAAGGAUGGAUUUGAAGGUGAGCAUUGUGAGGUGGUGAGAGACGUGUGCCAGAGCGACCUUCACUGCCAGAAUGGCGGCAGCUGUGUCGAUGGCCAGUGCCUGUGUACACCCAACCACUCGGGCCUGAACUGUGAAGAAAGCCAGGUCUCCUCCUCCCCCGCAGCCCUGAGGAAUUUGGAAGAUAGCGAGGCAAAUGAUUCUCCAUAUCAGUAUGCAGCUCAUUUCCAUAAUGAUGGAUACAUUGCCCUUCCUCGAUCCAUCUUUCCAAGGAGUGCCCAUGACUCACCAGAGACCAUUGAACUGGAGAUCAACACUGGCUCCUCUGAGGGCCUGAUUUUUUGGCAGGGAGUGGAUCACGGAGAGAACGGUAAAGGAAAGGACUUCAUUAGCCUCGGCCUACAGAAUGGACAACUUGUUUUCAGCUACCAGUUGGGCAGCGGAGAGGCAGAAAUCUUGUCCAGGAAGUCCAUAAAUGAUGGGAGGUGGCAUAAGAUCACAGCAGUCAGAACUGGGAAAGAUGGAUACAUCAAGGUUGAUGGAGAAGCUGAACUGCAUGGACAGUCUAAAGGCAGGAGCCUCAUGGUGAACACUAAAGGCAGUAUAUACCUUGGUGGAGCCCCGGACAUGGUGGCUAUGACAGGAGGGAAGUUUUCGUCGGGAAUGACGGGCUGCGUUAGGAACCUGACACUGCUGAACGCCCGGCCGGGACAGCAGCCCGCCCAGGCCAUCGACCUGCAAGCCCACGCAGCCUUAGGCAUCAACGUGCAGCCAUGCUUUUCAUAGAUCUCUGCAUAAAAAACACACACACACAAACUAAACACACACAAACACAAACAGAGACUUUGGAGUGAUGUCAUACACACAGAGAGACUCACACACAAACAAAGAGGUUGACACAAACUUGGUGCUUUGCUGCUACCAAAAAAAAAAAAACACACAAAAAAACAAGAUGACACAACAGGAUAUGUUUCUCUGUGUGCAGUAAAACCAAAAAAGAGAAAAAUUGAAAACCAUAUUAACAAGUCUUCUCUUCCUCAGUGUUUGUCGAUGAAGGACUAUUAACACAGGAGAACCCGUACAGUUUACAUACUUCCAGCGAGUAGUUUUAGCCAUGAGAAGAGUAAGAGUUCAACAUAUUAGGCCUUCUACGAUGGGUCAGAUCCUAUGGAGUUGGAGAUGUUUUUACAGCACUGAAUUUUUAUUUAUAUACAUAUGAAUAUAUAUAUAUAUUAUAUUUGUGGGGGAAAACAUGCAAACUAACCAUAACUGCUCUUCUACUUUUCCUGGAGUUUAUUCUGGGUUCUAAUACUGUGUGUCCGGGGCUUUUUAACAGGCCUAACUGUAUUAAUACUUGAAGAUGUUUCGGCCUUCUUUCUUCACUUCUGUAGAGGAACUUUUUUUUUUUUUUUUUUUUUGCACGAGCAUGCUAAGCUAAUUUUUUUUGGGAGAGGAGCACACACGGUCACGGUCACAUGCAGCUUUGACUCACAACUCAGGUCGUCAAAUACAAAGUUAAUAAGCGUCACGUGCUGAGCUUUAACGCGGAUGUUUUUUUUAGUUAUUAUUCAGCAAGUAAUUCACAGCGCUUAUGUGUCUUCUGUGUUCGUUUUUUUUUUUAAUUACAAAAAAGAAAGAAACUUUGGUGCUAACGUCAGACAUGAAGAAACAGCACAUGCUCUCUGUUACAUGUAGAAUUGUUUCUUUUAGUAAUUAGGUUACUUAGAUUUAAAAUUAGAAAAUCUUAAAAUUAGUAUCCAGUUGUGUACGUUUUCUGGGAUGCAUGGUGUUUGAGGUUGGUUUUAUAUGAAUAUGGCAUGAUUUUUGUCGCCUCAACAGCCUUAUUGUGACUGAGUAGAUCUCAAAAAGAGCCGUUUUAAAGAGCAGAAAGGGUGUGUUUUUUCAUGUGUGUGGUUGUUGAAGAUAUUGUUUGUAUGUGUUUGAACUAUCUGCCAGUCAGGUAGAUACUGUACAUCUUUCAAAUGAGAAUGAAGUUUGUAUGCUACUAGAUUUGUUGGUUAUUGACUGCAUGUCUUAGCCCCUUUUUUAUUUGUCACGCUCUAUUUUAAGGCCCAGGAUGGAGCCAGGUGUGUGUGCGUCGUUUGUUGUGUUUGUCUCAUCAGCGAUAUCCUCAGGAGGGUUCAACACAGAACUGCCUCCAAAUGUUACUUAAUUUUCAGGUUUUCUAGCUUUAGCAACAAUACAAUAAGCUAUGAAACUCUGGAGGCUCGGUGGUUCUGUGUGUUCGUCGUCUCUGCGGUGUUCAGCAAUAUUUGGGACAGUGUUCGGUUGUUUCAACAUGCAGUGGAAGACCUCCUGCAGGUGCCGUGACCAGUCGUGUAGCUCUAUGAAAAGCAUGCUCGCCAACCUUUAGUCCACCACACUACCAAAACUGUAAAGGCACGAUCACUUUGGGGUUCACAAACCUUUCCUUUCUUAUUUUUCUAAGCUUAAAUAUUUGUAUUAAUAUCCUUAGAGUGGCUUCAUUUUUAUUUGUUUUUUCUUUUCCAUCACUUUCGUUUCACAGCUUAAAUCAGCUGUUUUUAGAGCAACCACACACGCUUGCUUUUUUCCUUUCCUCUGGUUAAUGUGUAUUGCCUCCCACACCCCCCCCCCCUUGUUUUUCCCCUCAUGUUUGAGUUACAGGUCUUCAAAUAUCCAAAAUAAAGAUCCAUAAAAGGUUCACAUGUAGCUGACUGGAACUGCCUGUUAAAAAUGGUUUGAAACUGGUCUUAUUAUUCACUCAAUAAAGAAAGUCUUAGGCUACAAAUGUGACAAAUAGAUAUGAAUGUACACAGAAAGGUUUCAUCAUGUUUGUGCAGAUAUGAUCAGCGACUGCUUGUUGCCCGUGUAGGACACUGAAGCAGUGUGUGUGUGCGCCCCCUGUUGGGUGCCUUUUGUGUGUAUCUGCUCGUGAGUGAUUGAUUGUAUUUUAUUUUCGUGUCACAUCAGUUCCCAACCCUCAUGGGUUUCCAAGACACCAGAUAUACAGAAAGAACUGAUUAAAUAUACACUGAACACUCUUUCCCCAAUGUCAAGAAACUGCCACUGCUUUUGAAAGGAUGUUUUACCAUUGCAAAAUAUGAAAAAGUGCACUUUUACUGAUGAUGGGAACUUUUAUUUUAAGAACUGUUUCACUUCUGACCGGCAUGGGGGGAAAAAGCAGAUUACUGAACAAAAUUGUACCACAUGAAAUAUUGUCCAUGUCAGGGCGACCUGACAUCCAUUUCCACUGUGUAAAAGAUGCUCCCCUUGCCCCCCGUGUUUCUUAAUUAAAAACAAAAUUCAUGUGCUAUUUGUAA